UGAGUUCAAAUCUCCACUCGCCACCUACCGCGCGUGUGACUUUGGGAAUGUCCUUAAAGCUCCCUUUGCCUCCGUUCCCUCAUCUACAAAAUGAGGAUGGUGAUUGGCACUCACUUCAUGAGGCGGUUCCUGAGGCUCUCGAACAAGGAAGUGUGACAGCAAUGACAGUAUUUUUUCCCUUGGAUACAGCUAGACUUCGGCUUCAGGUCGAUGAGAAAAGAAAGUCCAAAACCACACACAUGGUGCUGCUGGAGAUCAUCAAAGAGGAAGGCCUCCUGGCGCCAUAUCGAGGGUUGUUUCCAGUUAUUUCCAGUCUCUGCUGCUCCAAUUUUGUCUAUUUCUACACUUUUAAUAGUCUCAAAGCUGUCUGGGUCAAAGGUCAACGUGCUACUACUGGAAAAGAUCUGGUAGUUGGAUUUGUUGCAGGAGUGGUGAAUGUAUUGCUAACAACUCCACUUUGGGUGGUAAACACCAGACUGAAGCUACAAGGGGCAAAAUUUAGGAAUGAAGACAUUGUACCAACCAACUACAAAGGCAUCGUUGAUGCUUUUCAUCAGAUCAUUCGAGAUGAAGGAAUCUUAGCUCUGUGGAACGGCACGUUUCCCUCCUUGCUGUUGGUCUUCAAUCCUGCCAUCCAGUUCAUGUUCUAUGAAGGUUUGAAACGGCAGCUUUUAAAGAAACGGAUGAAGCUUUCGUCUUUGGAUGUGUUCAUCAUCGGUGCAGUAGCCAAAGCGAUUGCGACCACAGUCACCUAUCCCUUGCAGACGAUACAGUCAAUUCUGAGGUUUGGACGUCACAGACUAAACCCAGAAAACAGAACACUGGGGAGUCUUCGGAAUGUGCUCUACCUUCUUCACCAGCGAGUGAGAAGCUGACACCUGGCAGAGUCAACUAAGCCAGGGACUUUGUUUGAAGCAGAGGCUGCUAAAUCUAACUUUACUAUUGUUCCUGAUAUAGGAUACUUCGAAAAUAAAUUUAUUAUAAAAACACGUUUGUGUUAGUCAGCUUUCCAUUACUUUAAAACACCUAAGAGGAGCUAGCUUAAAAAGGAAAAAGCUUAUUUCAGCUGCCAAAUUUGAAAGUUCCCAGUCCAAGACUGGGCAUCCCCAUUGGUUUAGGAGUCUCAUGGGUGGCUGAAAGUGUGCAGAGGGAGUAUCACAGAGCGAGUCGGGAAGCAGGGAGAGAGGGAGAGACAUGAGGGAGCAGCACUCUUCCUCUGCCUGCUGUGUGGUCAUGAUUCAUCACAGGGCCCCACUCUCGCAGCCCUAAAGUCCAGCCAUUUCUUGAAGUUCACCUUUAGAGUCCAUAAUCGGACCAAGCCUCCACCCUAAUCCAUCAAAUGUUAACAUAAAGACUUUGGGGUUUAAACGUCUGCGUGAGUUUGGGGAGCCAAAUCCUAUUCAGACUGUAGCAGCUUGAGGUGAAAAACAUCAAAGACAAAGAGUCAGUAUAAAAUAAAAAACCAACACCAUAUCAACUGCUGGCGAGGAUGUGGCGCGGCAGACCCUUCCUGUGCUGCUGCUGGGAACGUAGAAUGGUACAACUGCUUUGUAAAACGUUUUGGCAUUUUCUUUAAAAAGUUAGACAGACGCCUCAGGGGACCCAGCCGUCUGGUAGAGAGUGAGGCAGGUUUGCCUGUGCGUUGCUCCCAGUCACGCUCUGCAGUGCUGGUCUUUUGGGAACAGAAAGGCUCCACAGGGAGGCUGGAAAAAAUGACUCCAAUCUGCCUCCUCAGCCUAAACCUUAUGCACCAAGGAGGAGGAAGCUGGCAGGCAGAAUACGUGGCACGGCAGGUUCCGAUCGGAGGGGCUUAGAAUCAGGCCAGCGUGGUUACACGUGCUUUUUCAGUCCAGAUGUCUGUUUGAAGACACCUUUCACUUCUGAACAGGCUCCGUGCUGUCCUGCUGUCUUUGGCUCCACCAGUGGUAUUUCCUUCUUCUGUGUGUGCCUGCAUUGCGUGAUGUGCAGGGCUUUGCCCAGGGUUAUGUCUGCACGUGGGCAGCUGUGUCGUAAGGCAAAAACUUGACAAAAAACAGACCUGUUAAAGUGUAAGGAAAAGAAUAGAGAUGCACAGGGGGUUUUUCUAAGAGUCAAGAACUAGAAACAACCAAAUAUCCAUUAUGGGGUGAAUAGAUACAUAAGCUGUGAUAUAUUCAUACAGUGGAAAAUCACUUUAAAAAAGACGGAGUUACUGAUGUACGCAGCAACGUGGAGCGUCUCAGAGUUAUGCCGGGGAAAGAAGGCAGGCAAAAAGGACAUGGUACUGUAGGGGUCCUUCUCUAUGAAAUUCUAGAGAUGCAAACGAUCCGUUAGUGUCAGAAAGCACGUCAGCCGUGACCUGGGGCCAGGGCAGAUGGAGAGCAUCUAAGGGGCGUGAGGAUGCUCCUGGGGUGAGAACGGUGUGCUCUGUCUUGAAUAUGCCGAUGCGUCGUGAUGAUACAUGUCAGUCAACUCUCAUCACACUGAAGUCAGCUAAACUUCGGGCUCUAAGGACCUGGGUACAUCACUCCUGUUUUUAUUUUCUGUGUUUCUCCUUAUUCCUUUUCUAAAAGGUAGUCACUGUUAAGGGGUCUAUUUCCAGAACAUUGCAUAAAACAUAUGUGUAACACGUAUGCAGCUUAGGUUUUUAUUAACAGAAAUCACAAACAUCCCUACAUUUCAGUAUGUGUGGACGCCUUUUUUCUAGUGACUGCCUGGGUCCUGUUACAUAAUAUGCCAGGAUUUGUUUACAGGGCACUUACUGAUGGGUAUCCAGGUUGUUUCCAGGUUUCUGCUUUUGCAAACAUUGCUGAAUGAAUAGCCCGUAAAUUUAGCUUUGUGCACCUGAGUGGUUAUAAUUGUAGAGAAAGUUCCUGUAUGUGAAAUUACCUGGCCAAAGAGUUUGAACAUAUAAAAAUUUGACAUUUUGUAACUUUAAAAAUUAGCGCCAAAUUGUGACCCAAGAAAAGUGAUGCCGGUUUCUGUUUCUACCAGCACUGGGAAGGGUUAGGAAGAUGUAGUAACCAGAAAGUUAAGAGAGUCAUGUCAAGUGGAACUCUGUGUGCAGAUACGGUUUUCAAAGCUGUUUUCACAUCUGUCAUCUGAUUCUGCCUCAAUGGAUGUUGAGUGGAUACUGGUGGUUAUAUUCGCACCUUACAGAUCACUGAACAGAUUUAGAGAAACAACGUGACGUGCCCAGCGCAGAGGCAGAACCAGAUGUUCAAACGCGGGCACACUGUCACGAACGGAGAGCUUUCAUCCCCUUAGUGGGAGUGCGCUGCGGUCAUGGACGUGUCUGGACUGUCCAGCAGAGUCGCCACUACCCGCGUGUGGCUGUUGAGCAUGUGAAAUCGCUGGCGUAGAGGGUGAAGCCAUCACCUGCGCCGCCAGCAGUCCUUAUCAGCGCCAAUCCAAGUCUCAGCUGCUCUACUUCAGCUCCAGCUCCCUGCUAGUGGUCUGAGAAAAGCAGCAGAAGGUGACCCAAGUGUUUGGGCUCCCUGCCACCCUCAUGGAAACCCGGGUGAAGGUCCUGAUUCCUGGCUUUGGCUACUGCGCCCAUCUGGGGACUGAAGCAGUGGAUGGAAGAGCUCUCUCUCUUUCUCUGCAGCUCUCUCUCUAACUCUGACUUUUAAACAAAUAAAUCUUCAAAAAAUAAAGAAAUAUGUCCAGUAUAACCAAGACACUAGAUUUCACAUUUUUAAAAAUUUUAAUUGCCACACGUGAUUAGUGGCUACCGUAGUGCAUAGCACAGUAUACCGUGUCAGGCUCUCCCAGGGUGUGUGGCUAAGAAUCAGCUGAUUUACUUGUUAAAAUGCACAUCCGUGCUUCCUGGCUGGGGUGGGGCCUGGUGAUCUGCAUUUCUAAGCAAAGCCUGGCGCUUCUAAUGCGGGUGUACCUUGCCGUGAGGAGCACUGAAGGGGAAUUCCUUGGGUUAACCUAAUUCAGAUUGGUCAGUGAACUAGAAGGUCAGGGUCAAGUCUUUUUAUUCCUGGGUAUCACACAAUCCUCCCCCAGAGAGGGCUUUCAUGCCUCAGUCCAUUAAGUGUAUGAAUUUAUGUUGUUUUUGAAUGGAGCACCGAUUAAUGCCCCAAUCUGCACACUGUUGCUAAUGGACUAGCACCUGAGAGUUCGCUUUCAGCCAGUAGCUUUGGAGAGGUCAUUUCCUCUAACUCCGGGCUUUCCCAGUUGAGAGCAGCGGGGUCUCAGGGCUGGCAUCGUCAUCCUUGUACUGGAAGCUUGUUAGAAAUGCACAGUCUUGGGUCUCAUCCAAACUGAAUGAUCCAGAAUCUCCGGGAUUAGACUUGACUUGGAAAUCUGUUUUACAAGUCCUUUGAGUGGUUGGGGUACCAUGCUGAAUUUGAGAAACCUGGGUUAGAGGGUCAAAUUUAUAGAAAUUCUGAGAUCGGGAGGCCUUUGGUUUCUUUCCAUGGUUUUUUUUUGUUUGUUUGUUUUUUAAGAUUUAUUUAUUUGUUCGAAAGUCAGAGUUACAGAGAGAGAGAGAGAGAGAGAGAUCAUCCAUCUGCUGGUUCACUCCCUAAAUGGCCAUCCUUGCUGGGGCUGGGCCAGGCUGAAGCCAGGAGCCUGGAACUCCAUCCAGGUCUCCCACAUAGUGGCAGGGACCCACGUACGUGGGCCAUCUUCCUCCACUUUCCCAGACACAAGAGAGCUGGAUCGGAAGUGGAGCAGCCGGAGUUUGGACUGGCACUCACACGAGAUGCUGGCAUUGUGGGCAGCUUAAUCCACUUCACCACGCCGCCUUCUUUCUGAGACUAAAAUGGUCUCACCCAGUUGGCAGUUUUCCUGCCACUGUUGAACUGGGAAAGUGUUAAAGUCAAGAUCUGAAAGUUCUUAGAUCUCAGAUUCUGGCAUUAAUGUGGUUUUAGGAGACUUUAGGGUCUGUGUCCUGUCGGUGGGGUAUUGUCAACUUUCUGCUAAUUAGUGGGGAAUACAAAGACAGUGUGGUGACUCAUGAGCAGAUGGCUCAUGGAUACCCAGCGUUUAUCUUUAAAGGUAAGAAGUACUUUGCCAACAGAAGUCUGUGUUGAAACGUAAACCCUGCAUUGCUCCCUUUGAUUCCGAGGAUAAGCCUUUGCAGAGUAGCCGUUGGGUGGCGCGUCUUGAUGCAGGAGUUGACUUCUACAGAGAAAACUGUUUGCUUUUUCAAACCUCUUUCC